UAUUAAGUCGGCUUCAUGUUAUGCCUCUACAGUGAAUUGAGUGCUGAUCUGACUCUGGAUCAGUCCAGAUGUGGAGUGUGUGAGAGGGUACUGAGGGACCCAGUCAUCACCACCUGUGGACACAGUUUCUGCAGGCAGUGCAUCAGCAGCUACUGGGAGCAGCCAGGACUACCAGGAGACCAAGCCUAUCCCCAGUGUGGAAAGACAUGCAGAACUCAACCUUCUCUACAGCCUCUUCUGGAUGAACCCACAGACAUGGUAGAAAGCAGCAGACACCGGCACACUGAACACACACCAGACAGAAGGAGCAAACCAGCUGAUGAAGUCCUGAGGAGAGUUAUAGAGAAGCAUAAAGCCAUUCUGAAGAGGAAGUUUGAGAACAUAUCUGAAGGCAUUAUAAAACCAGGAGCUCAGACACUCCUCAAUAAGAUCUACACAGAGCUCUACAUCACAGAGGGAGAGAGUGAAGGGGUGAAUAAGGAACAUGAGGUUUGGCAGGUAGAGUCAGCAUCCAGAGCACAAACCACAGAAGACACACCAAUCAACUGCAAUGACAUCUUCAAGCCCUUACCUGGUCAGGAGAAGAACAUCAGAACUGUGAUGACCAAAGGUGUUGCUGGCAUUGGAAAAACAGUUUCAGUGCAGAAGUUCAUUCUUGAUUGGAUAGAUGGGGUAGCCAAUAAGAAUGUAGACUUUAUAUUUCCCCUUCCUUUCCGUGAGCUGAAUUUGGUCAGGAGUGAUCAGUAUAGUCUUCACAAGCUUCUGCUUGACUUCCAUCCUGAACUGAAGGAGCUGAAGGAUGGUGAAGAAUACAACAACUGUCAGGUUUUGUUCAUCUUUGAUGGUUUGGAUGAAAGCCGAUUACCUCUGAAAUACCAACAGAACAUGAUAUCUGAUUUAAAACAAACAUCAUCAGUGGAUGUUCUGAUGACGAGCCUCAUUCAGGGAACUCUGCUUCCCUCUGCACACAUCUGGAUAACCUCACGACCAGCAGCAGCCAGUCAAAUUCCUGCUCAGUGCAUCAAUCAGGUGACAGAAGUACGAGGGUUUAAUGACCCACAAAAGGAAGAGUACUUCAGGAAGAGAAUCAGUGAUGAGAGUCAGGCCAGCAGAAUCAUCUCACACAUUAAGGCAUCCAGGAGUCUCCACAUCAUGUGCCACAUUCCAGUCUUCUGUUGGAUUGCAGCCACUGUACUUCAGCAGAUGCUGGACAACACUAAAGACAUUCCCAAAACUCUGACUGAGAUGUUCAUACGCUUCUUGCUCAUCCAGACCAGAAGGAAGGAUCAGAAGUAUCAGAGUGGAACUGAGACAGAUGAAGAAAAACUUCUAAAAUCUCAGAAGGACAUUUUACUGAAGCUUGGAGAACUGGCUUUCAAUAAUCUAGAGAAUGGCAAUCUGAUGUUUUACGAGGGAGAUCUGAGAAAGUGUGGCAUUGAUGUCAGUGAAGCCUCAGUGUACUCUGGCAUGUGCACUGAAAUCUUCAAGGAAGAAUCUCUGUUUCACCAGAGGAAGGUCUACUGCUUUGUGCACCUGAGCAUCCAGGAGUUUCUGGCAGCUGUGUUUGUGUUUCACUCUUAUGUGACUGGGAACCUUGAGGCCCUGAAAUCCCUCCUCAGUGAAGAACAUAAACCCAGUCCAUCUGUUUUAUCAUCUCUUCAAUCAGUGCUGGGCUUACAAUCUAAUGACCAUCUACAUGUGUUACUUAAGAGUGCAGUGGAUGAGGCUCUGAAGAGCAGAAAUGGACACCUUGAUCUUUUUCUUCGCUUCCUUAUGGGCAUCUCUCUGGAGAGCAAUCAGAGACUUUUGAAAGGUCUACUGAAGCAUGAAUACAGCAGCUCAAAGAGCACCAAGGAAAUAUGUCAAUACAUUAAGAAGCUCAACAGGGAAGAUCUCUCUCCUGAACGAUGCAUCAAUCUUUUCCAUUGCUUAUUUGAAAUGAACGAUCAUUCCAUGAACAAAGAAAUUAAGAAAUAUCUGGAGUCACCAAAGUACAUCAACCAGAAAUUGUCUCCUGCCCACUGUUCAGCACUGGCCCACAUGCUUCUGAUGUCUGAGGAGGUGCUGGAUGAGUUUGACCUGAAGAAAUACAACACAUCAGAUGAGGGACGCAGGAGAUUGCUCCCUGCUGUGAGAUGCUACAGAAGGGCACGACUUGCUGAAUGCACACUUACAGAUAAGUCCUGUGGAAUUGUGGCUACAGUUCUACAGUCACCAAACUCCCUGACAGAGCUGGAUCUGUGUAACAAUGACCUGGGAGAUUCUGGAGUUCAACUUCUCUCUAAUGGAUUGUCUAGUCCCCACUGCAAACUGCAGACAUUAAGGCUCUCUGAUUGUCUCAUCUCAGAAAAGGGUUGUAUUUGUCUGGCUUCAGCUCUUUCUUCAAACCCCUCCCACCUAAAAGAGCUGGAUCUGAGCUACAAUUAUCCCGGAAAAUCAGGACUGAAGCUGUUAUCUGUUAGACUGGAGGAUCCUGUCUGUAAACUGGAGAAGCUUAAGUAAGCGUAGAAAGAAAUCCCAAUAUUGUACUUUUCUGCAUUAUUCGUGUGAGAUCAAAUCAGUUUCUUCAUACCUAGUGUAGUGAUGUAUGUUCGAAGAUGUAUUUAAAUAGCUACUUUAUCAACUUAGAUGUAGGUCACUUCUUUGAUACAGUGUCCAAUAUUGCAAAUAUGAAUUUAAACAGAUACAUUAUCUGAGGAUUAGUCAGGCAGGGAAGUGGACUCCAAAGGAAUCCAGAAGUCCAAAUAAAUGAUAUGGUAGCAAAGGGAUUAGUCAAUGAAUAGGCAGUUGGUAAAGGUAAAAACUAGUCCCAAUUAGGCAAGAAAUAGGCAAAAUAG